UUGCAGCUAAUCGAGCCCACUUGGCGCUCACACACCCACACACAGCACACAGCACCCGGACCCACAGCCGCACAGCCACCAGCACUGUGAGAUGCUUACCUGGGCGCCCGGAUCCCCUCCUUGCUGCCAACCCUCAUGAAGAUAUGGAAGAGAAAGAUAAAGCGUCUGCCUGCGGGCGCUGAUGCGCGCAGCUCGCAUGCUCUGCCGCCAGAGCCGGGGCCACUCCGCAGCCGCCGCUCUCAAAGAGCCGCUUGCAGCGGGAUGGGAUGCAACUUCUGGUGAUUGGAUCACAGGCUUAAGUGAUAAUUGAGUUUCUUGUUAGAAGCACAGAAAUGAAUAACUCAACGUACAUAAACUCUUCCUCUGAAAAUGUAAUAGCUCUGGAGAGCCCCUAUAAAACUAUUGAAGUGGUCUUCAUCGUCUUGGUGGCAGGGUCCCUCAGCUUAGUUACCAUAAUUGGGAACAUCCUGGUCAUGGUGUCAAUCAAAGUCAACAGGCACCUGCAGACUGUCAACAACUAUUUCCUGUUCAGCUUGGCCUGUGCUGACUUGAUCAUAGGCAUCUUUUCCAUGAACCUAUAUACCCUCUACACUGUGAUAGGCUACUGGCCCUUAGGGCCUGUGGUAUGUGACCUCUGGCUGGCUCUUGACUAUGUGGUCAGCAACGCCUCUGUGAUGAACCUCCUUAUCAUCAGCUUUGACAGAUACUUUUGUGUCACCAAGCCUUUGACAUACCCUGUAAAGCGGACCACUAAGAUGGCAGGCAUGAUGAUUGCAGCUGCAUGGGUUCUCUCCUUCAUACUGUGGGCCCCUGCAAUUCUCUUCUGGCAGUUCAUUGUAGGGGGGAGGACUGUUCCCGACAAGGAUUGCUACAUCCAGUUUCUUUCCAAUCCUGCUGUCACUUUUGGCACUGCCAUCGCAGCUUUCUACUUACCUGUUAUAAUCAUGACUGUUCUUUACUGGCAAAUCUCUCGAGCCAGCAAGAGUCGGAUAAAGAAAGGGAAAAAGGAAGCUGCCCAAAACCAGGAUCCAGUUUCCCCCAGCCUUGUCCAAGGUAAAAUAGUGAAACCAAACAAUAACAACAUCCCAACUAGUUCAGAUGGGCUGGAACAUAACAAAAUACAAAAUGGAAAAACCACUGGAGAGAGUGUGAUGGAAAACUGUGUUCAAGGGGAGGAGAAGGACAGCUCAAAUGACUCCACCUCAGUGAGUGUGGUCCCUUCCAAUGUAAAAGAGGAUGAAGCUGCCAAAGAUGCCAGCCAGACUUCUGCCUCCCAAGACCAUCUCAGAGUGGAGAACUCCAAGCUGACUUGCAUCAGGAUAGCAACCAAGUCUCAAAAAGGUGACUGCUGUGCUCCCACCAACACCACUGUGGAGAUUGUAGGCACCAAUGGGGAUGAGAAGCAGAAUAGUGUAGCCCGGAAAAUUGUCAAGAUGACGAAGCAGCCAGCCAAAAAGAAACCACCACCUUCUAGAGAGAAAAAAGUGACAAGGACCAUUCUAGCCAUCCUCCUAGCCUUCAUCAUCACCUGGACCCCAUACAAUGUUAUGGUGCUCAUCAACAGCUUCUGUGCAUCCUGCAUCCCUGGUACUGUAUGGACCAUAGGUUAUUGGCUUUGUUACAUCAACAGCACCAUCAACCCUGCUUGUUAUGCACUCUGCAAUGCCACAUUCAAGAAGACCUUUAAGCACCUUCUUAUGUGUCACUACAAGAAUAUAGGAGCAACAAGGUAAAUAAAUAAAUAAAUAAGAAAAUAAUUGAAAACGCGAAGAAGUUCCAAACUAAAUUAUAAAACAAACAAACAAAAAUGCCAUAGCACUUUACGCUCUACUAUGGAAUGUGCAAUCAAAGACAUUAGAGGAAAUACUGAGAUGGAGCAUCAACUCCACCCCUGUGAACUCCACUAAAGAUUUUUUUAUUAUUAUUAUUUUUAUUUUAAUCACUGACAAUAACUCUUGAGGACAUGCGUAAGUUUUGAGGAGUUAUUCAAUUAUUUGGACUGGAGGCACAGUUCCUUACUUUCUGAGAGUAUUCUGAAGAAGGGCUUUAGAAUCUUUGUUUGUUGUGGGUUUUUUUGUCACUAUAUCUACCUUUUUUUUUUUUUUUUUUUUUUUUUUUUCCUCUGUGUGUUUCAAAUGUCUCCAUCUAGGGAAGAACAAUAAGGGAACUCUAAAAAUAAUGAUAUGGAAGAGACAUGGGGGCUUGAAAGAACUUUACAUAAUCCAAAUGAUAGCAGGUUUCCACGGCUCAAGGUUGUCUAAUGCUUUUUGUUUGUGUAAUGUGAGAAACGUAAUGUUAUGUAAAACAUGAUGAAAAUUAUUUUAUGUUAUUUAUAACACUCUCAUUUCCAAAACUGCAUCAUUUAUGGAAGUGUAUUUUUACUCAACAUGUAACCAUGGCCUAACAUUUAUCAGUCUAAGUUCACCACUUAGCCCUUUCUAGGGGCAUUUUUCCCACAGUCCCUGCACAAAGUCAAAAUAAAAGCCUUUUCAGCUUGCUACAUCCCAGAUGUGUUUCAGCAUUCAUGCAAGCCAAAGCUCUUGAGACAAUUUUGUGUACUUUGUUCAUCAUAUAAAAUCCACCUGUGAAUUUUUUUUACUUCCACCCACCUUUUUUUCCCUUUUGUACCUUAGCUUUCUAAGGCACAAGAACUGAAUAUCAAAAGAAGUUGUAAAUUCAAAGGUCUCAUCAAAUCAGCCACCAUGGUGGUCAAAUGAAGAGCCUCAGCUGAAAACAAGAAAUGAGCUCAUUACCAGGAAAAUAGAGGUUAUGCCCUUUUAAAGUUAGAUAUACAGUAGAAGAAAUGUGCUGAACCACCACAGAAGAAAUAAUAGUUAACAUUAAAUGACUACGCUCUUAAUCAGACAAAAUUCUCAAUUUACUAAUUGAGGAAAAGCAUGGGAGAAACUGCUGUGCCCACAUUGAUCAUGCUCUUUCUAAGCUCUUAGUGUGAAACAAGGGUCCUACCUAGAUACAUCUUUGACAAGAUCUUUACUUCCUGGAAAAGAUUUUCAAUACUUUUCAUUUUGGGCUAGAUAGGAGCAAUAUUUUCACUGUAUGUCAAGAGAUAACACUAAUAAAAAUGCUGAGAUGAAAACAAUGAUUACUCAAAACUGGAUACCAAAAUAGUCUAGACUAGGGGCUGACAAGGCUCAAAGUUGAGUUAUUAUCUGUACCAGCUCAAAUCCAUAUUAUUUCUUCCUGGCAAAGAAUUUACUAUUUCAAUAUUUCAUAUUUAUUGUAGCAUAUCUGAGCACUGUGUGGAUAUAACAAAGAGUAUCAGAUUACUGAAAACUGAAAUUGUCUGUGAGUUUUGCAUAUUACAGUUACCCCCUUUUCCAUAACUCUUACGGGAGGUAAACCUACACAUUUUAUUACCAAAAAGCUGUUUGCUGCAUAGUCUCUUGAGAGACUGUGUUCUGGAGUGAAAGUCACCUACCAAAUAGGACACUAAACCAUUUUAUUAUUUCAUGUUUUUGUAUUAGAGUCUUCCAAAAUCCUCUUCAAAAUAAAAGCCUUCAAAUUAUACCUACAGACUUAAACUUUACAUUUGACAAGCUUACUGGAGAAGAGUAUCAAAGCACUUUAGCAAUAUGAUAAUUUUCAUGUUUCAAGGUACAAGUUUCAAGUAGAAGGGGAAAAUGAGGAUGAUUAAACUGCAGUAAAUUAAGGCCACAUUAAAUUUAGGAUGAGAAUGUCUUACUACGCAUUCACUGAUUUUACAUCUCUCAUGACUUCUUCCUGAUACAUCAAAGUGUCUCCAUGUAGCCAAAAAUCUAAUUUGGCAAACCCCACUCACAUGGAACCAUAUUUACCAUCACAGGUUUCAUCUUCCUGCUGAAAAGAAACAGUUACUCACUACUAAGUCUGGCAAAAUUGACUGAGUCUUUCAAAGCUACAUCCACUAGUCAUUUUGACGGGUCAGGGGACAGAAUUUCAUGAUCAUUUCUAUGUAAUUAAUUCUCCUAGAGUAUUAAAAGUAAAUGCAGGCAAAAGAAAAUUAAGAUUUUUUUUUUUUCUAAAUCUUACUCCUUCAGAAAAAAUGGAUAAAAGAAACAAACCUGUUCCUCUCUUUCAGCAUGUAUUUUAGGCAUCAAUAGUACAGACAUCCAAAAUGAGAUAGAAUGUAUACCAGAUGAUUAGCAUCUUGCCAUUGUGAUGCUUGUCUACAAGAAGGGAUGGAAGGAGGGUAUGGGGAACAAGAGGCCUGUCAGACUGACCUCAGUCUCACGGGAGGUCAUGCAGCAGAUCGUCUUGAGUGAAAUCGUGUGACAUGCAGAACAACCAGUGAAUCAGACCUAGUCAUCAUGGGUUCAUGAAAGGCAGGUCCUGCUUGACCAGUCUCAUCUCGAUCUAUGACCAGGUUAUCCAUUUGGUGGAUUAAGGAAAGGCUGUGGAAGAAGUCUUCCUAGACUUCAGCAAAGUCUUUGACUCUAUCUCUGCAGUAUUAUCCUGCAGUAGCUGGCAGACCAUGGUUUGGAUAGGUGUAACCUUCAAUGGAUAAAAAACAGUCUGAAUAGCCUGGGUCAGAGUGGUGGUGAAUGAAGUUAAAUCCAUUUGGCAACCAGUUACUAGUGGUAUUCUUCAGGGGUCAGUGUUGGGCAGUAUUUUCUUUUGUUGUUGUUGUUGUUUGUUUGUUUUUGUCAUUAUUGCUGUGUUUGUAACUUUAUUCAUGAUCUGGAUGAGGGAAUUGAGAGCACCCUCAAUGACGCCAUGUUGAGUGGAAGUUUUGAUUUUCCCAAGGAUAUGAAGGCCCUACACAGGGAUCAAGUCAGGCUGGAUCUCUGAGCUGAGGCCAAUAGGAUGAACUUCAAUAAGACCAGAUGCCAGGUUUUGGACUUUGAUCACAACAACCCCAUGCAGAGCUACAGGCUUGGGGCAGAUUGGUUGACAAACUGUGCAGACAAAAAAGAUACAGGGAUACUAGUCAACAGCCAGCUGAACAUGAACAAGUAGUCUGCUCAGGUGUCCAAGAAGUCCAAUGGUAUCCUGGGUUAUAUGAGAAAUAGUGUACUAACAAGGUGAACUUCCCCCUGUACUUGGCACUGGUGAGGCUGAAACUCAAUUACUGUGUUUAGUUUUGGGCUUUUCACUACAAGAAAGACAUCAAGGCCCUGGAGCAUGUCCAAAGAAGCUGAAAGCUAGCAGCAAAGAUGGUGAAGGAUCUGGAACACAAGACUUAAGAGAAGUGGCUGUGAGAACACACAUUUUUUGGUCCAAAGAAUAGGAAAAUCCAGGGAGAACUUAUCACUUUCUAGAAUGACCUGGGGAUUGACCUCCUGGGUAACAGUGAGAGAAUGAGAGGUAAUGGCCUUAAGUUGUGCCAGGAGAACAUUAGGAACAAUUUGGUGAUGCAAUGGACCAGCCUGCCCAGGGAGGUGAUGGAGUCACUGUUCCUUGAAGUUUUCAAGAAAGGAGCAGAUGUGGCAUUGAGGGACAAGAUUCAGUGGAUAUGGUGGUGAUGGGUUCACAGUUGGACUAGAUGAUUUUGUAGGUCUUUUUCAAUCUUAAUGAUUCUAUGAUUAUUUCAUCUUUUAGCUUCAGUUUUCCAUCAAGUAUGCAAAUACUUUGUUCCAAACAUGUCUGGCCACAUGAGACCCAGGAGAGCUCUUACUGCAGCCUGCCCCCUAGUCCACACUGUCAUGGUGGUGGAUCUUCGCUUCUGAGCCAUCCAGCCAAGACCCAGGCACACACACUUAGCAACAACCAAAUAUAAGCGUGUUAUUAACACUGUCAAAGCUGAACCCAGGAUAAGGGGAAGGCACAGCACAGUUCUAACUUAAGAUAAGGCAAAUAAUUUUAUACAUUUUUGACACUUUGGCUAAACACAAUCUUUUGAACAAUGAAAAAUAUGCAGCCUUGAUUUCCAUCUUGAUAAAAGAAUUUGAGAACAGGUUUCAAGACUGAAGAGAAUAUAAUCAAUUGUUAUGUAUAUUUGGACUUCAUUUUCAGUCAACAAGUACAUUACCUACAAAUUUUCAAAUAGAAUGUACAGAGUUACAAUCAGAUAUUGAACUCAAAAAUUUGAUCAUGUCUUUUCUCUAGACUUUUGUAAAACCUAUCUCACCAGAGAAAAUUAUCCCUCACUUCACAAUCACACCUCAUACAUGUCACGAUGUUUUGGCAGUAUAUACAAUUGUGAGUAACCUCCUCAAGGAUGAAGUGCAAGAGGAGCAAAAUUUCAUCAAAAAAUAACUGAUAAGCACCUUGUGAGCUCAGCAAGAAAUGCAAACACUUCCAUCAAACUUGAUAUUGAUACAUUAGUUUCACAAAAACAAAAUUAAAUACCCUACUUGUUUUAUGCUUUGUUUCUCUCUCUCUUUUUUUUUUCCUAUUUCAUUAAAAGAGAAAAUAUACGCUACAGAAACAAACAAACAAAAACACCUAAUUUUUGUUACCUAGUUACAUUAACUAUAUUCCAUAUUUUAUGUGCAACCCAAAAUAAUUCCUCUUCAGUCAGGUCCAGGGAAGACAAAAGGUUGGGCAUCCAACCUUUAUUCUGUUCUUUGAAGCUGUCACUUGUUCAUAAAUUAUGAGUUCCUCCAAUAGGUGAGGAUAUUCCUAUAUUUUAUGCCCUAUUUUGGGAGCAGUAUUAAUGAAACAACUACAAAUAACAAAAACAAAACCAAAAAAACCAGCCUUGUUUAAAGUUUUCUAGAACUGUUCCCUAAGUCACCUCCACUUUUGAUUCUAAAAGACAAAAUUAUUUUUUGGUGUGCUAUUGCACAGUUAAGGGGUUUGCAAGAAGCAUAAUCUUGUGUGUUUCCAUCUUGUUCCACAUAUAUCUAUGUUCACAGCUGUUAAAAUGGGUGAAACAAUAUGUAUGUACACACAAGAACACAAAGACACACACCAAUAUGGCUUAUAUACCUGGAAAAUAAUCAUCUAACAUUCAAGAUAUUGUAUGGGAUUGUGUCUAUGUUGUGCUAGCUGGCAGCUGGUGGGAGUUGCAGAGACAAUCUUUACUGGCCUGGAAAUAGAGAGAAUGUCAGAGCCUGCCCUGAGACCCUGGGAACAUCUCAGGUUUCUGGAUCAGUAAGACAAAACACAGUACAAUCUUUCAUGGCCACACGACAAUUUGCUCUUUUGAACAUCUCUCAAGCUCUCAUUUCUUUGAUUUGUGUUCCAAACCACAUUUACCAGGUUUCACUCUCCUGAAAGAUAGUUCUGCAAGAUGUAGAUGUUGAUCUCAAAAAGCAACUCUCCAUGGAUACCUCUUCUGGCUUCCCUGCCUGUCACCUGCGUACCAUCCAUCCCAUGGUCCCUGAUGGCCCUGCUGCAGGUGCUGCCAUGUCUUCACACAAGGGUUGGCCAGAGAAUCUCAGCAACUAUUCCAUAUGGUGUGCUGCACUACCAACUUUGAUUUCACACAAUAGUUGAGAAAACUCUGGGUGAAUCCUGAAAAAACACCAAAAACAACAGCAACAAACAACAAAAAAUACUGCACUGAGCACAUCUCAUCUCCUCUUCUUCCUCUUAAUCAUUUCCAGAAGUAGCUAAAACCAAAAAGGCUCAGUCAUUUAGAGUAGCCCUGCUGCAGCAGGUCUGUACCAUUAGCAGCACACGGUGGGUGAUUCACUCUUUCACAGGCCAUCCUACCUUCACUCUUCAAGGAGUGGACAACAGCUUGGUUAUAUGUCAGUCUGACUGGCACAUUCCUUAGUAUUAAAGAUAUCUGUGGUUAAAUAUGUAUAUAUAGAAAUUAUUAUUAUUAUUAUUAUUAUUUUAAUUUAAGAAGAGAAAGAAAGAAUCUGAAACAAUAUUCAGAAGUCUGUUUUCCAUUUAGUACAAAAUCGGAGGAAAACUUGUCAGUAUUAUGUCUGAAAUUUUCAUUUUAUGUAUCAGAAAUCAUGAGGGUUCAUUUGGAGACGAGUGUUAGAACACUGCCUGAUGAAAAAUAGUCUAAAAUCAACCAACACAUAUACGUGAGUCAAAUUCCUUCCUUCCUUCCUUUUUUUCUUCCUUCCUUCCUUCCUGCCUGCCUGCCUCCCUUCCUUGCUUUCUCCCUUCCUCCCUUCCUUUCCUCCUUCUCCCUUUUCUCUCUUUCUUUAACUCUUUCUUUCCCUAUCUUUCUUUCCUUUCUUCAGCCUCACAAAUGUUCAUGGGUAUGAGUGUGUUCAAAUGGACUCCAGAGAUCAGUUAUGUGUCAUCCACAAAGUGUAAAGAAGUCAAAAGCAACAACUGAAUACAUCAGCUCUCUGUUUUAUGGCCGUCCACUCAUUUUUGAGACCUCAGGGUGUACCAGUUGCUACCUGUCAUCCCAUAUGUUCCAGCUGUAACAGAGGCAGAAGUAGAUGCACCCUAUUAUUUUGUUUGUUCAUUUCAUCUCCUCAUGGAUUUGAAUGUUUUCUUUGUCUUCUUUUCAGUGGGGCUUGCUAGUAAACUCACAGCCUCCUGCCCUACUAUUUAUUAAUUUUACCCCUACGCUUCAUUCCUGCUGACAGAGCACCUGAUCUCUCCAGUGGUGCUAAGGUGAUACAAUUAAAAUUCUUUACCUGAGUUAUCAGCACCUUGCCCUGCCACUUCUGUUACCCAAAACAAUUGCUGGUACUGGCUCUGCAGGACCAAGUUGCUAAACCAUCCUUACAGCCACGUUAUGCUGCAAGGAUGGCAUGAUACAUUUGGUGGAAGUCAGGAAACAUGCUGCUAAGAUUUUAUUUCCUUCCUUCCCCUUACAAAAAUUCCUAAAUAUAUUUACUUUUUACUAAACAAGGAGCUUCCCGUGUGAAGUCAAACUUAGGAAAGAAAACAAGAAUGGGAAAAGAGCCUUUGGGUGCAGGUAUUUUCAGAAAGGAAGUAGGAUAAGAAUCUAGUAGUCUCCAAUGUUCUAAAAGCCCUCCUCUUGGUUGGCUCUGUAUUCACAAAUGACAGCAAGGCAAGCAUUUGUAGAAAUUGAGCAGCUGAAAAGAUGUAGGCCUUUUUCCCCCCUGGGUCUACAGAUACUUUAUAAAACUUGUCUAGAGGCACUCACUGGAGACAACAUCCCAUUUAUUUUUCCCACAAAAUCGUGAACAGCUCCACACUUCUAAGAAAACUUUCUUUUUUAAUUUAUAGAAAAUCUUUCCCUGAAAGAAGCUGAUAGAUGGUGCCUAAUUUGCUGUGGCUUCUUUUCUUGUUUCUCUGCCUGUCUUUCCUCUUUUGCCACAGGCUUGACAAAAAGCUUUUUUCCUCCUUCACUUUAAGAAUUAUCUGUAACCUGUAUUUUAGCUACAGGUAUGCAGUUUCUCUUGCUUUUCAGGCACUGUGAAUGUUGGUAUUCAAAAUCCUUAAGUCUACAGAAAAUACUGUCUUCUCACCUCUGCUGAAUACAAAAUACUGCAUGGAGUAAGAAGUUUCAUAAAUCUAUUCUUCAGUGGUUUUAAUUUGGAACAAAGAAAAUUCUUCAUGUGAAAUGAAAUCAAAUUUCUUCUUCCCCAGUUUUAUUCUGUCCACAUGGGAAACAACAGUACAUGAUGGUAAAGAGUGAGUGUUCCUUCAGGGGACUAUCAAGCAGCAACAUGCACACAUUUAUUUUAUGUCAUGGGCAAUGGUAAGGCAGUCUUCCCUUCCCAUGGUUGCCCUUUUGUUCCUAGUCUUACUAGUAUUCAGUGAAAACCUAUAGUAAAGAAAGUAAUUGUAACAGGGUUGAGAUGGACAUCAAUCAUUUACCACAACCAAUGUAAUUAUUUCUCUCUUUUUUUUUCUUUUUUUUUUUUAGUGUUGUUGUUGUUGCUGCUGUUCCUUCAUUUGCUAUGGCCUCUUCUUCUACAUUAUGGAACUAGCAGAUGAAAUGAGCAUAUCAGUUCUCCCAAACCUUCAGUAUACUGGGUAGAUUUGUUAGAGGUAUUUCAUUAAAUAAGUAAUGGAAUAAAUGGCGGGAGGAAAGUACAUGUUUUUUCCCCUCCCAAAAUUUUGCCUGAAAAAGUCCACUGGGUUGCUACUUUUUUUCCCCAUCUUUGUAUUAUAUGUUAGGGUUGCCGUUUCUGUUUGUUUUGUUUUGGUUUUUUGGGUUUUUUUUUUUGUUUUUUUUUUGUUUUUUUUCUUUUAAGUGUUCUAGAGUACUUGCAAAAAAGCACACAGAAACACCAUAAGUUGCCCCAGAGUGUUCUGACUCUCUAGGAAAACCAGCUAUGGAUAGUGUGUGAGGAAGAAUGUUUAAGGUAUUUAUUAUCAUAGUCUUUGAAAUGAAUUACUUCUUUGAGUAUUUAACCUUUGGUUUGGUUCAUCUGGCAGCUCUGAAGAAAGCACAGGGGCAUAGGCUUAGCAUGCCCUAACUUUGUAAAGAGAAGGACAGGUCGAUGUUCAGUUGCCUUUUUUCUCCUCUUCUGGAUCAUGUAGGCUGCAGGAGUAGGGGAGGAAUUUCUUUCCCCAUUAGUUCUGUCCCUGCACUUUUACUCCAAAGAUAGCCAUUCUUUGAAGUACAAAUCAGUUGUAACAGUAUUAUUAAUAAAACCUAUACGGGGUAUACCAUGGUUGCCAAUAUAUGGACUUUUGCAUAACUUUCCCUUAAUACUGGUGCCACUUUGUAGAGGUGGUUGGUAAAUUAGAGAUUAGGAGUUUGUAAAUACCUUUAGAUAGUGUGUUUUAACAUUACCAGCAGUAUAUCUUGACAAUGUACAGAAAUAACACAGUAUGUGUAGCACUAAAUUAAGUUAUAAUGUAAAUAUGUCUACAAUUAAUAUCCAGUUAUCUUCAAGCUCUAUGUACAAGGAAGAACCUCAUCUCUUCUUGAGACUUUUUCUAGCUUAAUGGUAUGGAAAAUCUGUUAUCCAUUUAUAUAUAUAUAUAUGAAACAAAUUGCAUUCUUUUCUUCAAAAUAAAUUCUGAAAAAAAGGAAAGGAAUGCAUUACAUGAAUAUAAUAUCAAAAAUCCUAUCGUAGGACUGAGAACUGUAGCUCUUACAAGUUGGGGACUGGUCAAAUUCUUGAUGCUGUAAAUUUGAUCUCAUAAAGAAGAAAAGCACAAGUUUAUGGUUAGCAUUGUAAAGCUGACCCAUUUGAUUAUAUAUAAAUUAUAGAUAUAUAUUUAUAUAUUCUGUAUAUGAUAUAUACAUAUUAUACACAAUAUUCAUACGGUGAAAGUAAAGUUUGAUAAAGUCAUAUUAACUGGGAAUUUUGAUGUAAUGUUAUGUUCUGUUUGGGAAAGAACACCUGUCUUAUUCAGCAACAUUCAAAAAUUAUAUGCAGAAUAAAGGAAGAAGGUGCUUCAUGCGAUGUGGGUUUGAAAUUACACAAGUAAAUUACAUGCAAUAUAUGUGUAUGUACUUCUGCUAAGCUGUACCCCUAGUUAAAGCAUUGCAUUAAACAACAAAUUAUAACAAUAAUAAAAGUGUUUUUCAUAUGUGG